AUGAGUGACUUCAGCAACUCUCUGAGGAGGCACGAGUUGAGGCAGGCCCGCCAGGUCCUGUUCACACUGCCCAGGAAUGAAAUGUUUGAGGUGGCUGGCCAGCCGAUGGUGUACUAUGAGCUGCGGGACUACCGCCACCAUCCCCAGGGGAAGGAGGAGGGCAUCAAAACGGCUCGAGCGGACGUCGGCUUCAUGUUCAAAGCCUUUGAGACCGGGCAGACGCGGCCGCCGCGCGGCAGGAAGACGACUCUGGAGGAGGCACCCAGGAUUGCAACCAUUCACGAGUACUUGGACUGGACGGUGACGGCUGAGGAUGCUCUUGGAGACAAUGAGCUGGACUUUGGCGGCUUCCGGGUGGUCGCGCUGCUGCCGCGGUUCAAGCCGGGGUGGGUGCCGCCGCGCGCGUAUGCUGACGAGGCGCCCAAGAGGCACCCGGAGCUGGGCGCACCGGCCGCGCCGCUGCCGGCGCUGAUGCCGAACGGCAAGCCGAUCUGCGCGGCCGUCAUCCGUGCCGGGCCGGGCUUCCUGGAGGUCCCCUUCUUCGCCACGCAGGAUGCGCGCCGCCGCAAGGGCUACGGCCGCGCCCUGCUGCAGGCCAUUGAGGAGAUCGCGCGGGCGUGCAAGCUGCCCUACCUGCUCCUCUGCAGCACGGACGACCCCGACGUGAAGGCAACCUGGCGUGCCCUGGGCUUCCUCUUCACAUCCGAGGAGGACAUGCAGAGGCUGGGGGUGCAGGAGGGCGACCUGCUGCACAUGGACAACACGGUGCAGAUGCACAAGCCGGUGCCGUCCGCGCGGCUUUGGCGCUCGGUCGUCUUCACGCACGAGCACUGGCGGCAGCGGCUCUAUUAUCUACCCACUGCAGAGACCGGUGUACGGGAACGCCUUGCGAGACAGGCCGAGGCGCUUGCCAAGCUGAAGCCAUCCAAGCGGCCCGCCAAAAAAUCGGUGGCCAAGAAGGCCGUCGUGAAAACCAACGGCAAGGCCGCCAGAUAGCACGGCAGGUAGUUGCACCAUACGGGCAUUAUUGAUCUAGAAGACUGUGUAGACACCUUUCAGCCAUAUGUAUGGCCAGGUUGGUUCUACUUUGCCAUUAAUAAGCUUGGUCAUUUAUGAUCAUUUAUGAUCAGUCACCGUAUGGUGCAACUGUGUAGGGCGGCAAGGCAGAGGCCGGCGUGGCUUAGAUACACGGCUGGGAUUCUGACCCUUCUCACUGCUCCCGAAAUUUGGACAAAUUGAACUCAAGGAACCUAUCAGGCCAGCACAGGCGUGUAGCCUUCAUAAGAGUCUUGCCCUCUGCGACGCGUUAUGAUGAGAUAUUUGUAGGCACAGUGCUAGGGAACAUUGAUGAGAUAGUGUUUUAGUUUUGUUGAACGCAUGAAGUGGUGCUGUUUUAUUGCUCUGCAGCAAAUAUUAUGCAAUCUGCAGGCUGGUGAGCAGCAAUGGCAGAAGGAAAAGAUGCGCCAUACAUGUCAGCCCCAUCAAGGAAUAGGCUUCACAGUAAUAGGCGCCAUGUCCUACCUGUCUGAGAGGAAUGCGUGUGUUGUAACGCUUUUUUGCUCU